AUAUAACAAAUGGGUAAUUGCUGUGAUGUUAAACAGAAAAAAAAUUCUCCUAAAAUUAAUAGUGUGCCCUAAGUGGCUGAAAUUCUCUCAGAAUCAGAAAUUAAAGAAUAAUCAUUAAAAUUCAAGGAAAUGGGAAAUCAUUAUAUGCAGUAAAAAUUAUUUAAGGAAGCUAUCAUUGCAUAUACAUAGGCAAUAGUACUAUAUUUGAUAAAAUGAUAGAAUUUAUAUAAUAAAGAAUCUAUAUAUUAUUCAAAUCGUGCUGUUGCCUAUCGAACUGUCUAAGAUUAUGAUAAUGUCAAAAAAGAUGCUAUUCAAGCUUUAUAAUUAGAUAAUAAAAAUGUUCGUGCUUAUUUUGUUUUGGGAACAGUCCAUUUAAUUUUGGGAUAAUAAGAUAAAUGCUUAGAUUAGGCCAAUGAGGGUGUUAAUUUUUUAUUUUAAGGUACUUAGUAAUUUAAUAAUGAAGCUUAAAAGCAUAUUGAUUUAAAACCAUAAUUGAAAGAAAGUGUGGAUUAUAAUCAUUCGCAAGGACUAAUUUUAAAAGCUAAGCUGGAAAAGUCCGAAAAUUAUAAGGGUAAUUAAUUGUAAUAUAUUUAGAAUUCUUAAAAUUAAAAGAUAGUUUAAAUUCGUAUUAUGGCAAAACAAUAAAUUUAAAUAAAUUAUAAUAUUUAGGAACAAAAGAAUAAUAUAUACCUACAUCUAUAGAAUGUUAUACAUGUAUAAUAACUCAAGAUUUAAUGUUGGAACCUAUCUUAUUGAGUAGUGGACACACUUAUGAAAAAUGUUCUAUAAGUGAAUGUGUAAGAGUUAAUGGACCAUUCGAUCCAUCAACAAGAUAAAUAAUUCAGAGUAAUUUCAUUCCAAAUAUUUAAUUAAAAAAUGCAAUAGUUGAUUAUUAAAAUAAUACUCUUGAAUUCUAAUGA